CAACGCAAUUGAAGGUUCUUCACACAACCCUCUACAUAGAACUGCCAGCCCAGUCAAGCAUCGAAGACAUAGCCCGAGCUUGGAUCUGCUGAUGUCAUUGCUGCGUCUUGUGCGCCUCUGCUCCGCCAGUCCCCGCCUCCUAGCCAUGAGCUCCACUCGCCGCAUCACUACGUCACAGAACGCCAAGGCCACGGCGCUCACGCGCUUCGUGGACGAGAACGGCGCGAUUCGCUGCGGUCAGCGCACGGAUGACGGCUCCACCGCUCUGCUCGUGGAGGACGACGAUCCUCUGGGCUCUCUGCACUUUACAGGCGAAACCGCCACCAUCGAGAAGGUACUGGCACCCGUAGUGCCCUCACAGAUCUUGGGUAUUGGUCUUAACUACCGCAAGCACGCCAAGGAGACGAACAUGCCCGAGCCGAAGUUCCCUGUGCUUUUCACCAAGGGCGUCAACGCUUUGCAGCACCCUCACGACCCCGUGGUGAUCCCUCGCAUUGCUUCGGACCCUCCUGAGGUCGACUACGAGUGCGAACUCGCUGUUGUGCUGAAGGAAGAUGCCUGCAACGUGACGGAGGAGGAGGCACUGACUUACGUCGGUGGCUACACUUGUGCCAACGAUAUCUCGGCGCGUCGCUGGCAGGGCAAGAAGGGAGGAGGCCAGUGGUGCCGUGCCAAGACCUUCGACACUUUCUGUCCGCUGGGACCGGUGCUCAUGACGCCCGAGAUCAUCCCAGACCCGCAGACGCUCGAGAUCGCCACGUACCUCAACGGCGAGCAGGUGCAAAAGUCCAACACGGGCGACAUGAUUUUCUCGGUCGCGAAGCUCAUCAGUCAGCUCUCGCAGGAUUGCACGCUGCCCAAGGGUACGCUCAUCCUCACGGGAACUCCAGAGGGCGUUGGCGUCGCGCGCAAUCCACCUCUUUUCCUCGCGCCGGGAGACAUGGUGGAAAUCGAGAUCGAGCGCAUUGGCAAGCUGGUGAACCCUGUCGUAAGCGCCUCCGCGCUGUAAGUGUUGGGCGUAAGCUGACAGCAAUCCCCUCUUUAGUAGCUUAUGCGAGCUGCGCCAGUUUUCCCCAAAGAAAUCGAUCCACGUGGCAUUUUGAAUGAAGUGACCCCGGCAUCAACAAUGAUGUUGUGUGUGAGUCUCGUCUCCCGUGCGGUUUGUCUCUACGUUUCUUUUGCUUGACUGAGCAGGCGUAAGCAAGAGGAAUCUUUGGGGCUUUUCGGUGUGGCUUGCGAACACUGAAACCAAGACGGCGACUAGAGUGUGCCAUUUUACUUCCGCCGUUAGCAGUGAGGUAGGACUGCAACAUCAGGGCGGAGAGGGGCUUGUAUUUGCUCGCUCUGGGACAUCCGAGCCACCUCCAGAGACCUUGACGCGGCGUUCAAUCGCCAGGCCGCGACAGUUCUAAUACCCCACAAACGAAGCAGAAGUAACACGCAAGUGCUCGAUUCGACAAUGCUCUAGUGACUUCGCCCCGCAUAUUUGCGGAUAUCUCGACACUGGAGUGAUGCAAAUUCCGGUCAAUGAACGGGUAUGUAUCAGUACGAGAACAAUAGGUGCCCAAGGCACCCGAUGUAAUAGCGAGAUCACAAAGCUACUUAAAAUGGCGUCUCAUCAUCCACAUGCACGAUGAUCACUACGAAGCUGUAGCGUAGCCUUGGAUCAGUUAAAAACCUAUAUAAACACUUCACAACGUU